AUGCACGCACGCGCUAUCUUUCUCAUCGCGUCUGCCGUACUUCCGGCUAUCGCUGCACCAAUGCCAACAAGCAACAUCAGCCCUCUACCAACUGUUGAGCGCCGCGACUAUUCUUCCGUAUCCACAUUCUUCCGAGGUCUUCUCAGGAGAGAACCAGUAGCCGAAGCGGUGUCUACAGAGGCAUCGUAUGUCGUGGUCGAUGAGAGCGAAGGUGAUCUUGACGAUGCCGAAGAAGAUCUAGACGAGCGUGCGAUCGGCUUCCCCAAGGGUGGUUCUAGCAAACGUGCUAUCGGCUUCCCCAAGGGUGGCUCCAGCAAGCGUGCGAUCGGUUUCCCCAAGGGUGGUUCCAGCAAACGUGCUAUCGGCUUUCCCAAGGGUGGAUCGAGCAAGCGUGCUAUCGGCUUCCCCAAGGGUGGCUCCAGCAAGCGUGCUAUCGGCUUCCCGAAAGGUGGCUCCAGCAAGCGUGCUAUCGGUUUCCCGAAAGGUGGCUCCAGCAAGCGUGCGAUCGGUUUUCCCAAGGGUGGUUCCAGCAAGCGUGCUAUCGGCUUUCCCAAGGGUGGCUCCAGCAGGCGUGCGAUCGGCUUCCCGAAAGGUGGCUCCAGCAAGCGUGACGUUGCCGAGAGUGUGAAUGAGGCGUCGCGUUGA